UCGAUUGGUUUUCAAGGAUCCCGAUGAAAUAAAUAAUUGGUGGCAACAUGAGGUUUUCUAUCAAAUCUAUCCAAGAUCCUUUAAGGACAGCAAUGGUGAUGGCAUCGGAGAUCUUCCAGGCAUUACCUCGAAACUUGAAUAUUUUAAGGAGACAGGCAUUAAAGCCGUUUGGCUAAGUCCCAUCUUUCAAUCACCCAUGGUUGUUUUUGGCUAUGAUAUAUCCAACUAUACGAAUAUACAACCAGAAUAUGGAACACUUGAUGAUUUUGAUAAACUGAUAGCCAAGGCUAAUCAGUUGGGUAUAAAAGUGAUUCUUGAUUUUGUGCCCAAUCAUACCUCAAAUCAACAUGAAUGGUUUAAAAAAUCGAUAGCCCGUGAGUCUGGCUAUGAGGAUUUCUAUGUUUGGGAAGAUGGCACAGAGCUGGAAAAUGGCACUCGUGUGCCACCCAAUAAUUGGAGAUCUGUAUUCUCCGGCUCUGCCUGGGAGUGGAAUGAAGAACGUGGACAAUAUUAUUUGCGUCAGUUUACCUAUGCCCAACCUGAUCUCAAUUAUCGUAAUCCUGCCGUUGUCCAAGCCAUGGAUGACAUAAUGCUGUAUUGGCUAAACAAGGGAGUGGCUGGUUUUCGUAUCGAUGCCAUUAUCUAUAUCUAUGAGGAUCAACAGUUGUGAAAUGAACCUUUGAGUGGUACCACUAAUGACACCAAUUCAUAUGAUUAUCUUGAUCAUAUCUAUACGAAAAAUCAACCAGAAUGUUAUGCUCUACUUCAACAUUGGCGUCAGUUAUUGGAUAACUAUACAGAAAGUCAUGGAGGUCCUUUAAGGAUUAUGAUGACAGAGGGCUAUGCCGAUCUAAAGCUUUUAAUGGACUACUAUGAAGAUGCCCAGGGCAGAGAGGGUCCUGAAUUUCCAUUCAAUUUUGAUUUCAUAACCGAAUUGAAUGCCAAUUCAACAGCUGCCGAUUUUAUAUUUUAUAUAGAAAGAUGGUUGAUCUAUAUGCCACAUGGACAUGUGGCCAAUUGGGUAAUGGGCAAUCAUGAUAAUCCAAGAGUGGCCUCUCGUUAUGGUGCAAAGACUGUAGAUGCCAUGAACAUACUAUUGAUGACCUUGCCGGGCAUUGCAAUUACCUAUUAUGGUGAAGAGCUCGGCAUGUUGGACUAUCGCAAUAUGAGUUAUGCACAAACAGUAGAUGAACCUGCCCUUGAAGCUGGCCCUGUUAAUUAUAAAUGGAUCUCACGUGAUCCUGAACGGACACCCAUGCAAUGGUCCAAUGGUCAAAAUGCUGGCUUUUCCACGUCGAAUUCUACUUGGUUGCCCGUUAAUCCCAAUUAUCUUGAACUUAAUCUUCUGGCCCAACAACAGGCCCGUCGUAGUCAUUAUAAAGUUUAUCAAUCUCUUUUGAAACUGCGACAGUUACCCGUACUAAAAUAUGGCUUCUUUGUGGCUGAGACUAUAAAUCGUCGAGUAUUUGCUUUUAAGCGUGAACUAAAGGGCCAACGCUCUCUACUCACUGUCAUCAAUGUGGGCAAUAGCACAGAGCAAGUGAAUUUAAGUGAUUUCAUUGAUCAACCCAAUCAUCUUAUUGCUCUGAUUGUUGGUGUCGAUUCGCAACAUCAUGUGGGUGAGCGCAUAAACGAUGAGGCUUUAAAUCUUGAUCCCCAUGAGGGUAUAGUCAUUAGCUUGAAGAAGCGAUUGUUCUAAAAAUAUUAAUAUAACUUUCAAGUAAAUCUAU